UUCCCGCAGAGCAAAAAGGGAGACAUACAACAGGAAAGUGAGCAGUAUCUGAACUUUAAACUUGAUGAGUUGAGAGCACGGAAAGAAAUUUUUUUAUUAAGGAUUCCGAUGAACCAAUGCAGGAAGAAGUGAUGAGAGGUGUUUUGGACAAUACUGGAAAUUUCUCUUUCCACUGGGAUUGUUCAUUUGGGAAAGAGAAGUCAUAAAAACAGCUACUGUGGCUCACAGCCCCUCACUCAAACCCCAACAAGUAGCAAGGAACAGAAUGGGUCUGGUUUCACACGUGAUCCUGCUUGGGUGUUGGGCCAGCGCUGUUUGGGCAUGUCCAGAUAAUUGUUUUUGUCAGGGUCCUCGGGUCCAAUGUAAUAGAUUACACAGUUUUCCCCAAAAUCUUCCCUCCUCAACUAGGCACAUCUAUAUAUUAGAAUCCAGCUUUGCUUCUCUUAAACAAGAAGACCUCAAAGAUUGUGCCGAUGAGCUACAAGAGUUUGUGAUCCGAGGCACCCCUCUGACAGAAGUGCAGCCCCAUACAUUGGACCUCACUGUAAAUAUGGGAACGUUAGUGAUAACUCAGACUGAACUACAAGAUCUCCCUGAUGCCCUCUUUCAAAAUCUUCAUAAACUUGAGAAUCUAAUUCUAAAAGAAAACAAACUCACCGCCAUUCGCCCAAAUUGGUUUACAUCUCUGGUUAAACUCAACCUUCUUGAACUAAGUAAAAAUCACCUCAAGUCUGUUCCCGCCUUUGCCUUCCAGUCACUCAGUAUGUUAAACUACCUUAAUCUUAAUUUUAAUGGGAUAUCUGAAAUAUCAAGUGAAGCAUUCAAAGGUCUUUCAACACUGAAAAUCUUACGUCUGAACCUAAAUGUGAUAAAAGAAAUUCCUUCUGGCUGUUUUGACAAUCUUACAAACCUGGAGGAGCUAUCUCUACAAGAUAACGCUAUCACUCACCUUCAAAGUCACACCUUCUCAGAAACACCUUCUCUCCAAAAGUUGUUUUUAUCUCACAAUCAAAUUACAACUCUUCCAAAAGGGAUCUUCCUAAAUUUGCCUCAGCUUUCACAGAUUUCCUUGUAUGAAAACCAGCUGGAGAGUCUUGCACCUGGAGUGUUUGGUCAAAUGCCACUAAAGCAUUUAUGGCUGUAUGACAAUAAAAUAAGCCAUGUAGCUGAUGACACAUUCAGAAAUCUUACGCUACUUCAGUUAUUGGUCCUUAGUCGCAAUCAGAUCAGUCACCUAUCUGCUAACGCUUUCCGAGGUUUGGAGCAACUUGGAGAGGUAUCCUUACACACAAAUCUUCUUAAGACUCUACAAGAUGGGACAUUCCAAGGUCUUCCAAAGUUAAUCAACAUUUCUUUGGAGCACAAUUUCAUCGAGAGUCUUCCUAAUGGAUUUCUUCAAGGAGUGAGUCACCUCGGCCAGCUAGACCUACGGAAUAACUCCCUUCAAAACUUCCCAGAACAUACUCUGGACUCUUUCUCCGUUGUAGAUGAAAUUCUUUUUCAUCCCAAUCCUUGGCGGUGUGACAAGGAUAUAGUGCCCUUUAGAGACUGGCUCCAACAGAAUCCGUUAAAAACCAACAACACUCUAAUUGUAUGUGGCAUGCCAGCCGAUCUGGAAGGUGAAAUGAUUGCUUUUUUGUCAGAUGAAAGUUUGAUUCUAAGUACCACUGGACAGCCCAUAUCUGCAACAAAGAUGACUGACCAUCCCCAGACUCCUCCACUUAGAAAAAGCACUUCCUCACCAGCACUGAAAACCACAACAACAACCUCAAAAAUAGUGGAAGUGACAAGUAGCAGCGGCCAAGAAGAAGUGGAAACGUCAACAAAAAAUACCUCGAUAAUCUUGAUUUUAAUAGCGGUCCUCACUGUUGUAUUUGUGAGCAUGAUUCUCAUCAGUUGUGUGACUUGGAGGAGGAACAAAACCGGCAGAGGGGAGAUUGCUCGCAGAAAUAAAAACUCUGUGCUCUAAGGAAGCGUCAAACACUGAAACUGCUCACUGUAUUUGGGUGAAAAUUGAGAUAUCACAAGAAAUGACUUUGUAUAUUGAGUCUUUUCAUUGUACUGACCAUUUAUGCUUUACUAAUGAGGUGACAAACACUGUUGAUAACAUUAUAAUCCAUUAUAUAACUUUUAUGGUGGAGGGACCACUCUUCAUUGGGAUGUUAUUGCUUGGCCUGGAAUGAUUUACAGAAUGGCAUUAAAGGGAACAUUAAGCAAAGUUGAUUUGUAUGAGCCUUUAACCGUGUUUUGAAGUAAUUCUCCAUGGAGACAACCAGAAAAGUUACAUAUUGCACCUUUAGAUGAAUAUGUGACAAUGAAGGUUUUUCUUUUUUCUUUUUUCUCUGCUGUUUAAUGACUUACUAUAACAUAAUUUGUGUGACAGAUAUGUUACACGGUUGGACAAGGGUUACUAUGUCAGCCAUGAAAUGAAGAUGUUUUAAUGUGUUUUUUGAUAAACUAAAUAAAAACACAAAAGUGGAAUGUCAGUUGUACCAAACUUCUUGAA